GAGCUUUAAAUGGCGUGAUGUCCGCGUCCGCCAUGAUGUUGAGAACCAUUCAGGUACGAGCGAACGUCAUAGUAGAGGAGGAGCGAUGGACUGAGUCUGAGCGAAGGAAUGCCCUUCAAAGCCAACAACCAUUUCCCAUCCAUCCAUCCAUCCAUCCAACCAACUAGCCAGCCACCUCGCUCUCCUUGUGCAUGUGCUAAGAAUCGUUUGUAAUUAUUUUUUUGGGAUCUUCUUUGGCAAGUUAGUUGUGAAACGUCUUGGAUAUCGAGUGCACGGGAGUAGUGAAUAAUUCCUCGACGUGAAGUGUAAGCACAAAGACGAGGGAGGGAUCUGUCCACGAGACGAUGAAUGGCGUGAGAACGGCCAAUUUCGGUCUUCGAGAUAGAAGGAAAGAGAAAAUUGUCUCAGACCCCUUUUUAUCCUUCCCUGUGUUCGAGUGAGGAGUGAGUCGGAAGAAGAAAAAGAAGCAUCUGACAGAGGUGUACGGUUACUUUUUCUCUCGAGGAAACGAAAGAGAAAUUCCCCCCCGACAUGUGUGAAAUCCAAGCAAAAUGACGUUUCUCUCGCCGUGUUAACUCCGUCCGUUAGGCCCCCAGUCACAAUGCCCGGGAAAGUGCGACCCGAUUCCGGGAUGGAGAACCGCAGACUCCCUUCACUGCCGGGUUCAACGGACUCGACCCUUUCGGAUGGGACCAGCCUCAGUUAUCCCAUGACCACCACCUCGAGUCAGGCGGAUUUCUUGGACCUGGACAAGAGUGCCUCCAAAUCUCGUCUGUUUCGAGUGCUGGUGUUCGGCCUUCUUUUGUACGUGGUCAACAUUGGCCUUCAUUUCGCGAUAGCCUCCCAAUACCUUGGUAUGAGGGAGUGUCAUCGCGGGAUUUCGCACACUCUCUACGAUUUCAAGUUGUCGGAUAUCGUGAAGCUCAACGAAACCGUGCAUGAGCCCGGUGGAGAUUUGGAUAUCGAUGCUCAACAUGGCGUGAGCUCCAAUCCGAUGGAGGCGUUCGUGAAUGAACAGCUAUUCAUCAAGGUCCGCAAUCAACUCAUUAGCCUCAUCCCGGAUCAUUGGGUUCAGCGGAUCAUGGGGAUCGUGCAAUUCCAACUCAAGGAGUAUAAACCGCGACACAUUGCUCGCUUGUGCAAGUUCAACGAACAAACCUUCGACACCACCCUGGCCUUGGGGGCCUACAUUUGCCAGGAUGCCUUGUCCGAGGAGAAUCGAAUGGGUAUCGAGGAAAUAUUCCACGACAUCUUGGAAGGCGACGAGGACCAGAUUCUCGAGGCCAUGAUGGCCAACGACUUUGAGAAACUCACCCAAGUCAUUCCGAAGUCAAUCGGCGUUGAAAUCCCCGCCAACGGAUUGCUUGUAAUGAAUAAGAUCACGCAGAAACUCUCCCCAGAGGAGCUGGGCAUUAUUGUGGUCUUCAUGGACGAUCCCGAGGUAGCAAGCAAGAUUGCCCCCAUGAUGAAGGCCCUGUCCAAGGUUGAUCCCGUGGAACUAGACCGGAUGAGCAAGACCUUGGGUAAAAUCAAUCCGAAGAACAUUCCCAUCAUCGAGGAGAAGCUCAAGCCGCUCAAUUUGACCUUGGCCGACUUCGUGACCAAUCCCUCCGUUCUCGUCCGCUUCAUUCAGAAGCCUCAAUUGGCCUCGAUUCUCAUCGAGGUCCAAGGCCUGUUGCCUCUAUUCAUGCCUUCGGACAUCAACGCCGUGUUGGUGGUCAAGAACUCCUUUGACUCGAUUCCGGGUGCGGGCAAGGUGUUGGGCAAGGUGCUGAAGCUCCCAUUCGACCUGGUGACCAAAGUAAUGUCGGUCAAGUUCUCCGAAGACGAGAUGGUCACGAUGCAAGUGUUGGGCCAGUCCUUUGAGAACCCCAAGGCCAAGCGACUCUUCAAGGUUGUCCAGGCUUUGAACUUGCUCAAUGAAAACACGAGGCUAGAGGCCAUGAACAAUCUGACCCGACAAUGCGUGCACGACCGCCUAAAAGUGAAGUGUGAAGAUAAGACCAAGGAUCUGUGUCCCAACGGUCAUCUCUAUUAUGCCAUCCUGACCCUCAUUAGCUUGGCAGUGCCGGGGGCCUUGUUCGCCAUCACGGAGUUCUGCCAUUUCAAGUCCUUCCGCUUUGGUUCGUUAUUCGGGAGUCUUUACGGAGUGGACAUGUCACCUGCUUUGAAAUGGCUCCUCCUACCUUUCUACAUCGUGAUCAUGAUCCCACUCAAGUUUCUGAUCACCAUAGUGCAAUACUACCGAGUGCUGAAAAAAAUAUUCCAUCAACGCUCUCCCACCAAGAUCCAGGAUUGUUACGACGAUGCCGUGAAUAUACAUUCCUUGGAGGCAUCUUCCAAUUCGUUCUUUCAAGUCGUCAUCCAGAUCUAUUUUCUGCUCCUUCUUGUGGUCUUCGGCACCGGAACCAUCAUCUCGGGCGUGGAUGCGCUUGACGUCUUAAAAGCAAUUGUGCCGUUGACAGUGGCGUCCGUCUUCUUUUCCACUUUCAAUUACAUCUUCAUGGCGUGGAAGCUUCAAAAACUGGAUCACCGGGUGAAGAACCUUCAACACUUUGAGUCGGCAUCCUCGCCUUCUUCAUCGGCCUCAUCAUCGUCCUUCUUGGGCAUCUUCACCUUCUUGGCGUGGCUGGUUUCCACAAAGUUGGCUCAGAUCUUCUCGUUGAUUCUCAUGGCUUUGAUUAUGUGGAUCGAGGUUCUCUCCGGCAACUUGUCCGGAUUCGCGGUGACCUUGAGUGUUGAAUUUGCUCCCGUUUUCCUCCUGUUCUUGGCUUUUCCGUUGAACUUUCUGUACCAUCGGAAAUACGUUCAAGACGAUGAGAUGUACCAUCACGCUCAUGGUAUACUCUCAGCCAUAUUUCCAUCUAGGUAUUUCAAUCAGAAUGACCCAACGCGAACUCGGGAUUUCCUUGUAUUCAAUCAACUGACUCACUGGAGCAUUCAUAUCCUCGCUUGGGGCGUGUAUUCGGCCAUAAUCUAUUCGUUCCACAAUGAGGAGGCUGGUCUUUUGAGGAUUCUACCUCUCAUCGUGGCCUUCAUGACGUUUGGCCCCGUUUUUGGGGCCAUCCAUUGGGUUACGCAUAUCAAACCUUGUUACUUGUCCCCAGUGUUGGGGAAAUCCUCCUCCAAUGAACUGGAGUCCAUGGGAGACCUACAAGGUACACCAAAGAAGACUCUUUUCAAGGCAUGGCAAAUCGUCACUAUAGUCACAAGACUCGUCUCUCUGGCCUUGAUGGGAUUUGUAUUCUUUGAGCAUUUCAUUGAGGUCGGUUCGGGUUUGAAAUUGGGCUUUGUAUACGCCCUGCCCUACAUUUUACUAUUGGCUGUCACCAACGUGGGCCUUCAAUUUAGCCUCUUCGGUGGGUCAGUGAGGUCCGGUCUUUUCUCCAUAAUGGUACCCAAUGGGUACCAGAAUGGUUCCCUGAACCGAGCCGGACGCUUCAUCAUUUUCAAUGUGUCACUCAACCUCGUUCUUCAUUUGACGCUGUGGCUCAAUCUGACUUUCUAUUGUUGGGAGUGCACCAAAAUCCUGGAUAAAUACUUCCGAAAACUCAGUGUGUGUUUCCCGCUCUCAGUGGGUUUGUGGGUCCUGAGCCUGGUCAUGACACUGGUGGUUUGGCGUUUGUGCAUUCGAAAAUCUGUGGGAAAUCCGGUGGGCUCGGGAAGUGACUUGUCCUCCUCGACGCAGUCUCGUCAUUCGCCGAAGAAUAGGAACGAAGAAAAUACAAGUGCUUGGCCCGCCAAAAUUGAAUCGCUGACGACCAAGUUCUGAACUUGGUCCUUAGUUUCUUUUCUUUAAUCAAUGUGAUCCAAUUUAGUCUGCUCUAACCUAUUUUGUCACCCGAGAAACUACGUCAAAUAAAUUCUCAAUUCUAA